AUGGCACGGACUCUGCCACCCGCGGCUUCGCACUUGGUCAUCUCAUCAGCUGGACGCUCAAUCCGCGUAUUUAGACUCUGCCUCGGACAAACUGAGCAGAUCCCUCAGUCGCUCAAUUCCAACGACACAACCUGCCCUGCCGAGAUUGCUUCAACUCCACAAACACAGUUCAUUCUAAACCUGAUGUGCGAAGACGGCAAAUCAGAGAGGACGGCAGAUACCGUCGCCUCGUCUCGCGUCCAACCUCCGAGUGCAAGCGGACGCAGCGGACGGAGCUCCAGACUGCCUUCGCCGGACGCCGUCCUCUCAGACCCAGACUUCGCUCCUGGCCGCCGUGUAACUCGCAGUUUUCUCGCCGAGAGCUUGAUGGAUAUGCGCAUUCCACCGCGAGCAACGCCGCCUCCCCGGCUUGGCAAGAAACGCGGUAUUGACGAAGUGGUCGAUGACAGCACGCCGCCAUCGCCCGAUAAACUAUUGCGUGAACUAGACCAGCAGCACCAAGAAGCAAAGAAGGCCGGACAGCGCACCGUGGCCCAGUCUCUACCAAAGAAUGAGAAACCGCAAGCCCAGGGUCAGGACAAGAAGAGACAAAAGCAACUGGCCAUCCGAGGCAGUAACCCUAGUCGCGUGGCGGCACCGACUUCCGCGGGUCACCAAUAUAACGAUGGUAACGGCAAUCCAAGAAGGCCCGGCUCUAGCUCAGAGCUGCCAAAGGGUUGA